UUUUCUGCAGGUUCCCAUGACUAUGGGCUUGCAUGGUAUACAAGUAGCGUUUCUAGUACGUGAUGAUUGGGGGGGUCUUAGUGUGGAACUAAAUAUCAGACUGAAAUCCACGAUGCCCACGGCACAUGAAUGGCCUUGUGUAUCGGAGAUAGUACUAGAUAAGAAGUGCUGCAUGUUACUACAUGCCACGUGAGGUACGGUGCUGUUUCUUUAGAACGGCCGAACAACAAGGCCAUAAGCA